UCAAGUUUAUACUGGCGCGAUUAUAAUCGUAGUUGCGUAGUUUGCGGUAGUUGGCCAACCUGCUGGUUGCACGCUGGUACAGUUCAAGAUGAAAAGUUACAAAAUUUUCAAAAAUCAAAUAUUUGUGCGGUGUUGAAUAACUGUUUGUUCAUAAGAGACGAACUUAGUAAACAAUAUAUCUUAUAUUUUCAGAUUUGUAGUAAAAGUCCUCAUUUGUGUUUCUCCGAUCAACCGUCUUAUGAUCUGCUCAUUUAGUAAUUUAUUACAUCGCUUCAUUUGAAAGUUACCAUUGGUAUUUUUCUUUUUUCAAUUCCUUAUUUUUGAUGCAAAAUUUUCCAGGUUGAAAAUGGCACCUCAGCAACUGGUUUUAAGUUGGAAGGAUCACAAUGGUGCAUUGGUGUCAGUUUUUGAGAAUCUUUUGAAAAGGAAUACUUUAGUAGAUUGUACUCUGGCUGCCGAUGGUCGAUAUUUAAAGGCCCAUAAAGUGGUGCUUUCUGCUUGCAGUUCUUAUUUUGAGUUAUUAUUUAGUCAGGAGAGUGAGAAGAAUCCAAUAGUCAUUCUCAAAGAUGUGAAAUUCCAAGAACUGGAAGCUGCUGUUAAUUUUAUGUACCGAGGAGAAGUGGAAGUUUGUGAAGAUAGAUUAGCAGCUUUUUUGGAAGUCGCAGAUUCUUUACGAAUAAAAGGGUUAGGCAGCGGUGAAAAAUCUCAAGAUGCCAGAGGAAAGUCUCCAACACCAAAGAGCUCGAAGGCUGCAGUUCCUCCGAAAGCACAUUCCAGCAGAAAGGAAGUCACCCUCACGGAAAGUGAGAAUACUGUGGAGAGUUGCAUCACCCUUGGCAGCGAUAAGAAUAGCAACGGAAGUUCUUCUCACCAUCAUCUACCGCACAGAGAAACAUCAGGAUCUUCCCCCAUUCCAUCCUCACUUGCUAUUGCGUCCUCCUUCAGCAUACCAUCAGCUUCUACCUCAUGCCCAGUUAGAGUAGAAACUGACCGUGAUAGAGACAAACUGGAGAAGAAUCAGUGCUCGUCCCCUUCUGUGUCUACCUUCCCUUCAGGAGAUACUGUGCCAUCAGAUGUGAACACUGUAAUUAAAACUGAACCUGUGACCGAUACUUAUUUGGAUGAAAAGUCGGAUGAGACGGAGAGAGACUUUGAUGAUGUGACGAUGAUGGAAGAUCAGGAAGACUGGGAUGAUCCUAACAUAGAAUCUAUGGUCUCUUGUAGUCCCUGGGUAUGUCCCACUCUAUCUUUGCCAGGCAUUGGUCUCGCAUUGUCUCUCAUUGGUCUUGAAUGUCUGAACUAUAUGGGCGAGAAGAACCCAUAA